AUGAGCAGACAAGCCUGCAAGAAAUACUUCAGCUGUGGGAGCCAGGGCUUCUCUGGCCACUCAGCUGUGGUAUCUGGCAGCAGCAGGAGCAGCUGUGUGGCUCGCUCUGGGGCAGCCAGUGGAGGGGCUCGUGGGUUCCGGAGCGGAGCAGGUAGCUUUGGCAGUCACAGCCUUUACAGCCUGGGUGGCAGCAAGAGUAUAUCUAUCAGUGUGGCGGCUGGUGGCUCCCGGGCUGGUGGCUUCAGUGGAGGGCGUGGCAGCUGUGGCAGUGGCUUUGGAAGCGGCUAUGGAGGUAGCUUUGGUGGUAGCAGAGGAAUGGGAGGUGGCUUUGGGGGAGCUUCUGGAUUUGGUGCUGGUGGCCUUAGUAGGCCUGGUGGCUUUGGCCCCGGUGGCUGCCCUGGGGGAAUCCAGGAAGUGACCAUCAACCAGAGCCUCCUGCAGCCCCUCAAUGUGGAGAUUGACCCCCAGAUUGGGCAAGUGAAGGCCCAGGAGCGUGAACAGAUCAAGACUCUCAACAACAAAUUUGCCUCCUUCAUCGACAAGGUGCGCUUCCUGGAGCAGCAGAACAAGGUCCUGGAGACCAAGUGGGAGUUGCUGCAGCAACAGACCACAGGCUCUGGCUCAGGGCCCCAGAACCUGGAACCUUUCUUUGAAUCUUACAUCAGCUGCUUGCACAAGCAGUUAGAUUCACUUCUGGGGGCUAAGGGGAGCCUGGAGGGAGAGCUGAAGAGCAUGCAAGACCUGGUUGAAGACUUCAAAAAGAAGUAUGAAGAGGAGAUCAACAGGCGUACUGCUGCAGAGAAUGAAUUUGUAGGACUUAAGAAGGAUGUGGAUGGAGCUUACAUGAGCAAAGUGGAGCUGCAGGCUAAAGUGGACAGUCUGACAGAUGACAUCAACUUUCUGAGGACUCUCUAUGACAUGGAGCUGUCCCAGAUGCAGAGCCAUGUCAGCGACACAUCUGUGGUCCUGUCCAUGGACAACAACCGCUGCCUGGAUCUGGACAGCAUCAUCGCUGAGGUCAAAGCCCAGUAUGAGGACAUUGCCCAGAGGAGUAAGGCUGAGGCUGAGGCCCUGUACCAGACCAAGCUUGGGGAGUUACAGACCACAGCCGGCAGGCACGGUGAUGACCUCAAGAGCACCAAGAGCGAGAUUAUGGAUCUCAACAGGAUGAUCCAGAGACUUCGAGCAGAGAUUGAGAAUGUCAAGAAGCAGAACACCAACCUGCAGACGUCCAUUGCAGAGGCUGAGCAGCGUGGUGAGCGGGCCCUCAAAGAUGCAGAUACCAAACUCCAAGACUUGCAGGUUGCUCUGCAGAAGGCCAAGGAGGACAUGGCCCGGCUGCUGCGGGAGUACCAGGAGCUCCUGAACACCAAGCUGGCCCUGGAUGUGGAGAUCGCCACCUACCGCAAGCUGCUGGAGGGCGAGGAGUGCAGGUUGUCUGGAGAGUUUCAGAAUGCUGUGAGCAUUUCGGUGGUCAGCAAUGUUUCCAGCACAAGCAGCAGUGGAGGCUUCAGAGGGGCCGGUGGCAUCAGCUAUGGAGGGGACAGCAGUGGCAGAAGCAGCAUCAGUGGCAGCAGCAUCAGGGGCAGCAGCAGCAGCAGAGGCAGCAGCGAGAGCAGGCUUGGCAGUGGGGGCAGCAUCUCUGUGAACCAGCAGAGAAUGGGCUUAAACUCUGGUGGCAGCCAGACCUCGGUAGGCAGCAGCUACAAGUCCGGCAGAGGAGGCACCAGCAGUGUUCACUUCUCUCAGACCACCAGUUCCAGCCAGCAACGCUCCAAGUGA